UCGAAAGGUUUAUUAACGAAGGUCGUGUUCCGCAUUUAUUGUUUUAUGGUCCACCUGGAACUGGAAAAACUUCAACCAUAUUAGCAUGUGCGAGAAAGUUAUAUGGCGAUGAUUGGAGAUCUAUGGUUCUGGAGCUAAACGCUUCUGACGAGCGAGGCAUAGAAGUUGUCCGUGAACAAAUUAAAAAUUAUGCUGGAACACGUAAAAUGUUUAACGCCGGUUUCAAAUUAAUUAUUCUGGAUGAAGCUGAUGCGAUGACCCAGCAAGCUCAAAACGCGUUGAGAAGAGUUGUAGAAAAAUACACAAAAAACGUUCGUUUUUGCAUAAUUUGUAAUUAUGUCUCCAAAAUUAUUCCUGCUUUGCAAUCUCGAUGUACUCGAUUCAGAUUUUCUCCGAUUGAGCAAGAUCAAGUGAAAUAUCGUUUGGAUUAUAUUAUUCAAAAUGAAAAGGUCAAUAUAACAAAUGAUGGGAUUUCUGCAUUGCUGAAACUAUCAGGUGGUGAUAUGCGAAAGGCUUUAAAUAUUCUACAGGCAUGUCACUCCGCCUAUGAUUUUAUCAAUGAAUCGGUGGUAUAUGAAUGCACCGGAAAUCCUGAACCCAAAGAUGUUGAAUACAUUGUUAAUACAAUGUCAAAAGAUGAAUUCUCAUUAGCAUAUUCCAAUAUUAAUAAGAUGAGAAUCGAAAGAGGUUUUGCUUUACAGGAUAUUUUAACAGAAUUGUUUAAAUAUUUUUUGAACAAACACGACUUUUCUGCUAAUUCGCGAGUUUACCUUCUUGACAAACUUUCACAAAUCGAGCUUGGUACUGGUGGUUCUGAAAAGUUUCAACUGAUGUCGUUGUUAGGAUCAUACAAAAUUGCGAUAAGUAUGGCUAGAAAUGAAAAUGAGAUGGAUUUAGAGUGA